UUUGUGAACAGCCAGGAGUGGACCCUGAGCCGCUCAGUGCCGGAGCUUAAAGUGGGCAUUGUGGGAAACCUGUCUAGUGGGAAGUCGGCCCUGGUGCACCGCUAUCUCACGGGGACGUAUGUCCAGGAGGAGUCCCCUGAAGGGGGUCGGUUUAAGAAGGAGAUUGUGGUGGAUGGCCAGAGUUACCUGCUGCUGAUUCGAGAUGAAGGAGGCCCCCCUGAGCUCCAGUUUGCUGCCUGGGUGGACGCAGUGGUGUUUGUGUUCAGCCUGGAGGAUGAAAUCAGCUUCCAGACGGUGUACAACUACUUCCUGCGGCUCUGCAGCUUCCGCAACGCCAGCGAGGUGCCCAUGGUGCUGGUGGGCACGCAGGAUGCCAUCAGUGCCGCAAACCCCCGGGUCAUCGACGACAGCAGGGCCCGCAAGCUCUCCACGGACUUGAAGCGCUGCACCUACUACGAGACGUGCGCGACCUACGGGCUCAAUGUGGAGCGUGUCUUCCAGGACGUGGCCCAGAAGGUAGUGGCCUUGCGGAAGAAGCAGCAGCUGGCCAUCGGGCCCUGCAAGUCACUGCCCAACUCCCCCAGCCACUCGGCAGUGUCCGCCGCCUCCAUCCCGGCCGUGCACAUCAACCAGGCCACGAAUGGCGGCAGCAGCGCCUUCAGCGACUACUCAUCCUCAGUCCCCUCCACCCCCAGCAUCAGCCAGCGGGAGCUGCGCAUCGAGACCAUCGCUGCCUCCUCCACCCCCACACCCAUCCGCAAGCAAUCCAAGCGGCGCUCCAACAUCUUCACGUCUCGAAAGGGUGCUGACUUGGACCGGGAGAAAAAAGCCGCCGAGUGCAAGGUGGACAGUAUCGGGAGUGGUCGGGCCAUCCCCAUUAAGCAGGGCAUCCUGCUGAAGCGGAGUGGCAAGUCCCUGAACAAGGAGUGGAAGAAGAAGUACGUGACACUCUGUGACAAUGGGCUGCUCACCUACCACCCCAGCCUGCACGAUUACAUGCAGAACAUCCACGGCAAGGAGAUUGACCUCCUGCGGACAACAGUGAAAGUGCCAGGGAAGCGCCUGCCUCGAGCCACACCUGCCACAGCCCCAGGCACCAGCCCUCGGGCCAAUGGGCUGGCCUUGGAGCGGAGUAACACACAGCUGGGUGGAGGCACAGCCAGUGGCCCAGCUGAGGUGCUCAGUUCCAGCCCCAAGCUGGAGCCUCCCCCAUCUCCCCACUCCAACCGGAAGAAGCACCGGCGGAAAAAGAGCACCGGGACCCCCCGACCCGACGGCCCCAGCAGUGCUACUGAAGAGACGGAGGAGUCGUUUGAGUUUGUGGUGGUGUCCCUCACUGGGCAGACAUGGCACUUCGAGGCCUCGACUGCAGAGGAGCGGGAGCUGUGGGUACAGAGCGUGCAGGCCCAGAUCCUCGCCAGCCUGCAGGGCUGCCGCAGCGCCAAGGACAAGACUCGACUGGGGAAUCAGAAUGCAGCUCUGGCUGUACAGGCCGUCCGCACUGUUCGUGGCAACAGCUUCUGUAUCGACUGCGACGCCCCCAAUCCAGACUGGGCCAGCCUGAACCUGGGCGCCCUGAUGUGCAUCGAGUGCUCAGGGACCCACCGACAUCUGGGGGCUCACCUGUCCCGGGUCCGUUCCCUUGACCUUGAUGACUGGCCACCUGAGCUGCUGGCUGUCAUGACCGCGAUGGGCAAUGCCCUGGCCAAUAGUGUCUGGGAGGGGGCCCUGGAUGGUUAUGCAAAGCCAGGGCCUGACGCCUGCAGAGAGGAGAAAGAGCGCUGGAUAAGGGCCAAGUAUGAACAGAAGCUCUUCCUGGCCCCACUGCCGAGCUCGGACGUGCCUCUGGGGCAGCAGCUGCUCCGGGCCGUGGUGGAGGAUGACCUGCGGCUGCUGGUGAUGCUUUUGGCACACGGGUCCAAGGAGGAGGUGAAUGAGACCUACGGGGACGGGGAUGGGCGGACGGCUCUGCAUCUCUCCAGUGCCAUGGCCAACGUCGUCUUCACACAGCUGCUCAUCUGGUAUGGGGUGGAUGUGAGGAGCCGGGACGCCCGGGGUCUGACUCCACUGGCCUAUGCUCGCCGGGCUGGCAGCCAGGAGUGUGCAGACAUCUUGAUCCAGCAUGGCUGCCCUGCGGAGGGCUGUGGCUUAGCACCUACCCCCAACAGAGAGCCUGCCAAUGGCACCAACACCUCUGCUGAGCUGCACCGAAGCCCUAGCCUCCUCUAAGGCCCAGGAAGGGGGCAGAGGGGCCAGAAGGACUCCAUGGCCUGGGGAACCCUCCUCCCUACAGGCACUAGGGGAAACAAAGACACAGAGACUGAGAAGCAGGGACAUAUAGAAAGGAAGAAGGAAAGGAAAAUAGGAACAGUCAAAAAGGAGAAGAGCCAAAUGGGAGAAACAGAGGGAUCAGAGGAGACGUCUGGGAUUUGAGCCGCAGCAGAGAGGGAGUGGAGGUAUUUAGCCCUCUGCCCUAUGGUGCCAUUGAAAAGGGACAGGACCCUUUGGAGGUACCUGUGAGGAGAGGGGAGCAGGACCUCUCCCUCCUCCAGAUUCCUACCUUCUAGUGCCAGCCCCCUGCAAGUGUUCAUCCUAAAAUGUCUGGAUAAGACACAGGUUGGGUGGUGGGGAGUGAUCUGUGAGUCCCAUGUAAAUUUGUACAUUGGAAUAUUUAUGUUUGUGUACAUAUUUGGUGUGCGUGUAUGAUGAGCCAAUAAACGAGACUGUAUGUGUGGC